AUGCCAGAGCCAGCCAGUGACAAGCUGCACAUUGUCAUGCUCAGGGAUGGCACCGUCCUGGAACUGGCCGAUGCUGAGAUUCCAGACCCCCCUGCCAUCAGCUUCGUGAACAACAUCUCAUGGCUCAACAGCAUGUGGGAUGACUGCAUGGUCCACUGGCAGGGGGAGUCUGUCAUGAAUAUUCAAGGCCACCUGAUUGCACUCGAGUACUGGCCCUUGCUGUACCACUAUGGCUGUGAUCAUCAGUGGAAGAGCAUGAAGAGUAAGUGGACAGACUGGCGGUAUGUUGUUGAAUGCUAUCGGGAAGGCACUGAAGCGCAAUUCUGGGAGGAGUUCAGUGCUGAUGGCAAAUGCAUGAGUUAUACUGUGAUCAUCCAGAAACUAUGUGCCAAGCGCAAGAUGGUCCUCACCGCAGCUGUUGAGCAUGCUUGCAAAGAAUAUGGUGAUGAGUUCAAUGAUCUUUUCACAUAUUGGAAGGGCAGAGAAGAGCAUGUGAUGGUGAAGCCAUCAGUGGUCGCUAAACGAUUCAAUCAAUUGGCUGGCGGACAUGUUCAUGGGUGCCGCUGUAGCACUCGAGCUCACGCUAGGCUCGUAUUCACUGAUUUCCCGAUACACGUUCAAUGCCUGUCACUUUCUGAUGUAACCCACACAACCUAA